UAAAUCAGUUUUCCUUCUCCCUUUCCUUGUAAAAUUUAAAAAUUAUGUCACCAAAGUAUCGUAAAUUAUUUGAACAGAAUUAUAAAAAAAUAUUUUUAGAGUAUGCAAGAACUGGAAGAAAUUUUCAAGAUGAACAUUUUCCAACUAAUGAUGUUUCGUUAUAUAAAACUCCAAAUAAAAAACAUGAUCAUCAUAUUGAAUGGAAAAGAUGUAAAGAUUUAACAAAUAAUCCUCAUUUAUUUGUAUUUGAUAAUGAAGGUAAAGGUAAAAUUAAUACUGAUGUAGUUCAAGGUGCUGUUGGAAAUUGUUGGUUGGUUAGUGCUAUAGGUGUACUAGCUGCGCAUCCAAAAUUAUUACAUAAAGUUAUACCAAAAGCUUCGGAUCAAGAUUGGAAUCAUAGUGACGAACCUGGUAAAAAGACGGGAGUUUAUCAUUUUCGUGAUACUGGUCGUCAUCCUGGUGUAUUUAGGUUUAGAUUUUAUAGGUUUGGUGAAUGGGUUGAAGUCGUGGUUGAUGAUUAUUUACCUACUAGGGAUGGUAAAUUAAUUUACGCUCAUUCAAGAAAUCCUGAUGAAAUGUGGGUCUCAUUACUUGAAAAAGCUUAUGCUAAAUUAUGUAGAUGUUAUGAAGCAUUAGAAGCUGGUACUGCUUCUGACGCUUUGGUCGAUUUAACUGGAACAAUUCCUGAUACAAUCGAAUUACCUAAUACUACCCAUUUUGAUGAUAUACCAAAUACUCCUUCUAGUCAUUGUAGUUCCAUGACCGUAACCGCUAAUAAGAAUGUAGUAGAACAAAUGGGUUUAAAGAAUUUUAUAAUGAUGAUUAUAAUAGCAAAUAAAAAGGGUGCAUUAAUGAGUUGUAAUAUUAAUCCUUUAGAAGGUGAAGCUCAACAAGAACGUUUACCAAAUGGUUUGGUAAUAGGUCAUGCUUAUGGUAUAACUGAUAUACAACAAAUCCAAGAACCAUUUUGGAAAAAAAAUCGUAAAAAUACUAUUUUAAUACGUUUACAUAAUCCUUGGGGUGAGAUUGAAUGGAAUGGGGCUUGGAGUGAUAAAUCCGAGGAAUGGCAAAAUAUUAGUAAAUCUAAACGUAAAAAAAUGGGUUUUAAGAUUGCUGAUGAUGGAGAUUUUUGGAUGUCUUUUGAUGAUUGGAUGUUAAAUUUUUCAAUUUUAAUCAUUUGUAGACAUUUAAAUACUUCAAUAUUUUCAUUUGAAAAAAGAUGGCAUGGUAUAACAUUUAGGGGGGAAUGGUCAAUAGAAAAAUCAUUAGCGGGCGGUUGUGUUAAUAAUAAAAAAACUUUUUAUCAAAAUCCACAAUAUCGUAUAGUAACUCAUAAACCAACUACUUUAAUUAUUGGAUUAAUGCAAGAAGAUAAACGUGCUAAUAUCACGCGUGAAAAUCUUACUAUAGGUUUCGUUGUAUUAAAAGUUGAAGAGAAUAGAAAAUAUCGUAUUCAUAAAUCAACUUUUGACGUGGCUGGUCGUGUUACUUAUAUUAAUACCAGAGAAGUUACUGCGAGAAUUGCAUUAAAAAGUGGUAAUUACAUUCUCAUACCAAGCACUUUUAAUUAUGGUGAUGAAGGACAUUAUUUUAUGAGAAUGUUUUCUGGCAAUAGGAUUAGCAUUAAGAGAUUAGAAAAAGAUAAGCCCAAGAAAAAAUGGUGGUAUCCAUUGAUUUAUUGGGGAAAGAGUUACUUUGUUGGUACGAUAAGAAUAAAAUUAUUAAGUGUUAAUCUAAAAAGAUAUAUAGGAAAAGCGUACAUAAAAAUCACUUUUGCUGAUUUAAAUGGUAGAAUUAAACAGAGAAUAGUUUCUCCUAAAUUUAUUACUAAUGAUGAUGAUGAUGAUGGUGGCGUAACUGAUAUUCUGACGGAAUAUACAUUUUUUACGAGAGAUCCUUCUACUGCUGGUUUGUUAUUUCAAUUAUAUCAAAAGAAUACUUUUUCUAAAGACAAAUUAUUGGGCGAAAUGCGUUUAUUAACUGAUUCUUAUUCAAAAGAAGAAAAAGUAAGUAAAAUGUGGGAAAUAACUAAAACUUUUACAAAGACUGUCAAAAUACCUAAAAGUUAUUUAACGAGUAAUACAACUACGACGGAAACUGAAGGUGAAGUCUCACUGGACGAAUGUGAUGACGUUGAUAAAAAAUCGGAAAAAACUGUUACAAGAAUUAGCGCCAAAAUGAAUGGUGAUCGUAGCGUUAAAAAAAGUUCACGAAAUGAUAAUAAACGACGAAAGAGAAAUGGAAAUGGACAUAAGAAAGGUUUAAAAAGUAAAGAUUUCGUACCUCAACUUAUUGAUGCAAAUAUUGGUGAAUUAAAAGUAAGAAUAAUUUAUUAUCCAGAUCUUAAUUCUUGAAAUUUUUAAUAGGACAAUAAUUUUCAAUAGGACAAUAAGACACUAUUUAUUUAUAACUUUACUGUUUUAUAUUUUGUAUAUUAUAAUUUUUUUUUUUUAUUUAAUUUGUGUAUACUGUAUAUAUAAGUUAAAUUAUGAUAUAUAAUAAUUUAAUAUUUAUUUAAAUUUGGGAGAAAUAUUUUUUUAAAAAAAAUCUAAAAUUUCACGUAAUAUUUUAUUUUGUCGAAUGUAAUUUAAGUUAUUACUAAUAUUAUUAUAUUGCUCAUUAGUCCCAGAGUCCCGGAGCGUGAACGUACCAGCAUAGUUAUUUCACGGGGAACUGUG